CUAUAAUUAACAGAAUGCAGCAGCGGACAGUGUCAACCAUCACGAUCUGUUGAUAUCUUGUUUCUUUUCGUUUUUCAGGCCAACCAACAACGCAUAGCGUUGAAAGGGCACGGCUUUCAUCCUCUUUCUUUCUUUACCACCAUACGAUGCGUUGUUCUCAUCCGGAGCACGCUCGCACACUCCUUUUCACUACAAUCUUGUUCGUACUCUCAUUUACCGCCACUCUCGCAGAGUCAGCGAAUGUUCAUGGUUUCCGAGCCCAUCAUGCCUGGCGCAGAAGAGCACCAUUAGAUAUGAUUGCCAGAGAUCAAGUUUUACCAUUAACAACUCCGAGUCAGAGCUUGUUGUCCAGUAUCACCAGCGCCGUGUCGCCCGUCACGGUGCUCAGUGCAACUACCUCGCUUCCUCCGAUACCCGCUCUACAAUCACCUACGUCUAAUCCCUUUCCAAAUCCGCUAACAAAUCCAUUGGCCACAACCUCGAGUUCCUCUAGCCCUACUCCUCCAUCCAUCCCUACGUCGACCAGUACCACCAGUGCCGCCAUCCCUACCACAAGCGAUGGGACUUCUAUUUCACAAUCUACCUCUUCUCAGUCUUCCCCCUCUUCUCAACCGAAUUCCUCUUCUAAAUCUUCCCCUCAACCUUCCGGGUCUGCGUCUACGUCCACAUCCAAGACCACGUCCACGUCCGCAGAACCUCCUGUCGUUGCAAUAACGCCAGCUGCACAACCACUAGGACUCACGUCCGUGUCAGUAUAUACAGGCACAUUUACCAGCUUUGCAACUGGAACGACAGUUUCAUCUACUCCUUCGAGCACGUCCUCUUCCAAUUCUGGAUUCUUCUCCAAUACAGGAGUAGUCGCCGGAACAUUUACUGUUGUUGGCCUGGUUGGAGUUGCUGGAGUUAUUGGAGCUGGAAUGAUGAUUGCAAGACGCCGUGUCUCUCGCUCGUAUGAGGACGACAUGGAGUAUCUGGAAAAGAAGCCAGAACAUUCUGUAGAGCCCUCUCAGAGUCAGAAUUUCGUUGUUGAAGAUGCUGAAGAAUCCCGGGACAUAGAUCACUUCGGCAACUCCAUGGAAGUUACUGUACCGCCUGCCGCACACUUUUAUUCCCAGCAGGACGCGUACUACGGGCAGGCAGCUAACAGUAGUGAAGGUUAUGAAAACCAAGGCUACUAUCCGCAGGAAGUGUACGCUCCACAUGAGGUUUACGCUCCUCAUGAGUAUGGUAUAGCAUACCCCCCGACGGAACUUUAUGCGGCACAGGAUCCUUAUGGAGGGAUUGCUGAAACUGGAGGGAUGCCAAACCCCUUCGACAAUGAUGAAUCAGAAUUACCAGCUGCCUUGCGGCCAUCUGUUCAGCGAACUCGUACGCUUAUUCCUCCUACUGCAUACCACUCUCCGGAUCUCCACCACUCCAUCGAUUCUUUCUACGGUUCCUCCGCGGGCGCUUCGAACGGGCACGUCAUGUGAAAUUAUUUCGAACAUCAUAUACUUGAUGCGUGCAUUGUGACAUUCUUCAUGUUGUCGAUCAAAAUCACAGUACACGUUUGAUUCGUCUUUCUUUAUUUUAUUUAUGUACAAACUUGCGGCUGCGCGUAUACCUUGGAUUUUCUCAACGAUUGCACUUUCUUUGGAACACGGAUAUCGAUUUGAUUGACUCCCUUUAUUAUCGACUUAUAAAUGACUGAUAGCACAUUCAAUAUAUAUGACAUGUUUGCAAAA